AUGCUGCGUUCAGCUGUGCGGCGCUUCGGUGAUGAUCUGAACAGCAUCAGCUCUGUGAUUAAGGAGCGCACUGUGUGAGGACCCUUCUGUCCCCUUUCUCUUGCCAUCCACAUUUGUUCUAUCCUGCCACACUUUCACUCUCUUUCUCCCUCUCUAUCUCUUAUCAUACUGCACCCACUCUUACCUGUCUUUUACCACGCUUUCAGCCAUUGAUCUUUCAUCUUUACUGCCUUCUUUCUAAAGAAGACAUCUGGUGGGGUUGAUAGCGCUGUUGGCUAAUUAUCUAGUUUACAAUGUAUACAUCCUGUGUGUCAACUUGUAUGAAAACCACAUUACCAAUAUGUUGCCUCUCCUAUGUUUAAUGCAGAGCCCAGAUAAAGACAACAGUGAAGAGGAAACUGUAUGAGGACAGCAGGAUGCCCCUCUCCUCCGACUCCCCCAAAAAGACCACCAAGAAGACCACGGUCACCAUUGCAGCUGCACCAGCACCCGUGGCUCCCACAGUCAUCGCUGUGCCCACCUCACAGGUUGUCUUGACAACAGGGCUUCAGAGCCCCUCCCCUAUGCCCCCAGCCAUCAAGAAACAGAAAACAGCAGGUGAGUGGAAUGAUACAGGCCUUUACCUCAAGGGGCAGGGAUUGUGUGAUGAGUAUGGCUUGUAUACAGAAUUUAGUAGACUAGAUUUUCAUCCAUAGUCAAAAGACCAAGACAUUUUUGUGGAAAUGACUUGAACCCUUUUCGAAUCGAUACUUCUGAUGCAUUUACUCCAAGCAUUGGCUACUUUGAAUGUGCAAGUUUACUAACAUAUUACAUGUUUUCCCUGUCUGUGUGUGUUCUCUGUCCGUGUGUAGAUGUGACGCUCAGUGCUCUGAAUGACUUGGAUGUUAACAGUGACCUGGUGGACAUUGAGGGACUGGGAGAUGGAUCCAACACCAAGAAGCUCAACUUUGAUCAAGGUGAAUAAUAUUAUCAGCUCCAUCACUGGCUCUCAAUCAACAUGGUUCACAUUGUGGCGUUAUGCUGAAGUCAAAGGUAUUUAGCUGAAAAGAUAGUUGGCUUCAUCUGUUCUCUGUUUUAAAUAUGUGUGGCUCAUCUUGUUUUCCCAGAGAGCCUCAACCUGGACUCCAGCCUCAUUAUGAACUCCAGUGACUUGCCCCUCCUGUCUCGCUGA